CUUUUUUUGAAUCGAUCUCUGUUGAAAUGGUUAAGCUUCCUUUCAAGAGUUUACUUUGUUUGAUGCAAAAACGUUUCCUCACAACAUCUCCAACCCUGUAUAUAUCUUCGUUGUCUUCUUCAUCUUCAGCAUUAUUAUCACCAUCGUAUACAGCCCAAUUUCUUGUGAAAUCUUGUGGGCUUCCCUUGGACUCUGCCAUUUCCAUCUCUCAGAAGCUCAACCUUGAUGAAAACAAACCGCAAAAACAUGAGUCUGUGCUCGAAUUACUCAAAUCUCUUGGAUUCUCCAAUACCCAUAUUGCAAAACUUGUGUCAAGGUAUCCCCUAAUCCUCCAAUCCCAAGUAGAUAAGCUCAAGCUUAAAAUAGAGUAUCUCCAUGACAAUGGCUUAGUGGGUCCGGUCCUUCAUGAGCUUAUUGUGUCUAAUCCGAAUAUUUUGAGGCGAAGCUUGGAUAAACAUAUAAAACCGUCACUCGAUUUUCUCAAGGAGUUCCUUGAAACCAAUGAGAAAAUUGUAACAGCUAUAAAGCGCGGAUCAUGGUUGUUAAGCUUCGAUCUGAAGGGAAUUUUGAAGCCAAACACUUUUCUUUUGAUAAAAGAAGGGGUCCCUCGUAAAAGAAUAUCGCAAUUGAUUACAUUACAACCGAGGGCUAUAAUGCAAAAUGUUGAUAGGAUGUUGUAUGCCACAGAAAGGGCCAGAAGCUUGGAUAUCAAACCAACCGAUUCUACAUACGUAACUGCUAUUCCAGUGAUUCUCUCGAUGACCGAAUCAACUUGGAAAAGGAAAGUGGAACUGUAUAAGAAGUUUGGUUUGACCGAAGUUGAGAUUUUCAAAGCUAUCAAGCGUCAACCAUAUUUUAUGGCUUGUUCAGAGGAGAAAAUCAAGAGUUUAAUGAAUUUUUAUACCUACACAAUGAAGUUGGAGCCAUCUGCAAUAGCUACUUAUCCUAGGCUUCUUUUGUAUUCAAUUGAUGCAAGGAUACAACCAAGGUUUAAUGUUUUGAACAUCUUGGCUUCAAAGAAGCUGCUUAAGACACACAAAAAGAUUGCAUGGUUGCUCACACAAAGCGAGGCUAAGUUCUUGACCAAUUAUGUCAACAAGUACUUGGACCAAGUUCCAGAUUUAAUGGAGCUAUAUCGUGGGGUCAAGACAAUUGAUCUCUGAUGAAAUUGAACCGUUUACUGUUCUGGUUAUGUGCUACCCGCAACAGCAGCAGUUAAAAAGUGAUGGGGGGAACAGAUUUGUAACCUGAUUGGCCCAUGCACCAUUCAAAAUGAUGGAGGAAAUGGGCAUCUGUUGGAGCACCUCUUCCUCUGUACACUCUGCUGAAAAUUAAACUACAUUUUUUUGAUACAGUGAAAUUCUUGCAGAGGUGUUUGAAUGUAGUUUAAAAUGUUAUACAAGGAAUAAUGAAAUCAAAUUUUAGGUCUUUUUAAGGUA